AUGAGACUGAAUAACAUUAUACUGUUGGCUGCCGCGGCAGGAUCUGCGGUGGCAUCUCCCUUCAAACAUGCAAAGAGAGCCUCUUCUUUUGAGUGGUUCGGAGCAAGCGAAUCUGGUGCAGAAUUCGGGGAGGGCAAUCUCCCUGGUGUCUGGGGAACCGACUAUAUUUUCCCGGAUACUGGUACUAUCCAAACACUGAUCGGUGAUGGCAUGAACAUAUUCCGAGUUCAGUUCCUUAUGGAACGACUGACUCCCAACGGCAUGACGGGAUCCUUUGACAGCGAUUAUUUAAAGAAUUUGACAACGGUGGUGAACUAUAUCACUCAAGCCGGCGCUCAUGCUGUCCUUGACCCUCACAACUAUGGGAGAUUCAAUGGUGCGAUUAUCUCGAGUACCUCGGACUUCGAGACUUUCUGGACGAAUGUGGCUGGGCAGUUCAAAUCUAAUGAUCUGGUCAUUUUUGAUACGAACAAUGAGUACCAUGACAUGGAUCAAACCUUGGUGCUCAACCUCAACCAAGCAGCCAUCGAUGGCAUCCGCGCUGCGGGCGCAACAUCGCAGUACAUCUUUGUCGAAGGCAACUCAUACACAGGUGCCUGGACCUGGACCACAGUGAACGACAACUUGAAAGCCUUGACAGACCCACAAGACAAGAUUGUCUAUGAGAUGCACCAGUACCUCGACUCUGACGGGUCCGGCACCAGCGAGACAUGCGUCUCAACCACGAUCGGCAAAGAGCGAGUCACCGACGCAACACAGUGGCUCAUUGACAAUGGUAAGGUCGGUGUCCUGGGCGAGUUCGCCGGCGGUGUCAAUGACCAGUGCAAGACUGCUAUUACUGGUAUGCUGGACUAUCUCGCUGAGAACUCGAAUGUAUGGAAGGGUGCUAUGUGGUGGGCAGCUGGGCCUUGGUGGGGAACGUAUAUCUACAGCAUGGAGCCUCCAAGUGGUGCUGGUUAUACUGGUAUGCUGUCGACUUUGAAGCCGUACUUUGCGUGA